AUGUCUAAAGCAGUGGCACUUGUGGUGGUGUUAUUUUUUGUGUUAUUUUGUGGGGAAUGUUACGGGGAACUUAGAUUUGGAUUCUACAAAGGAAAAUGUGGGAUGACAGAUGUUGAACGUGUUGUUAGAAAUGUUGUAGAAAUAUGGCAUUUUACAAAGAAGGAAAAGGCUAUAGCAGCUGCUCUUCUACGUAUGCAAUUCCAUGAUUGCUUUGUUAAUGGUUGUGAUGCAUCAAUUCUAUUGGAUGGAGUCAAUAGUGAGAAAACAGCACUCCCAAAUAAAAGUGUUAGGGGAUAUGAACUCAUUGAUUCAAUCAAACAUGCUUUAGAGGCAGAAUGCAAAGGCCUAGUCUCUUGUGCUGACAUUAUUUCUAUGGCAACUAGAGAUGCUGUUGUUUUGAGUGGAGGAAAAUGGUACAACGUAGAAACAGGAAGAGAGGAUGGAACUGUUUCCUUAGCAUCAAAUGUGAAUCUUCCUGGUCCAUCUCUUUCAGUCUCAGAUUCUAUCAAAGUUUUUGACAAGAAAAAUCUCUCUUCAACAGACAUGGUUUAUCUUCUAGGUGGCCACACUGUUGGAAUUACUCACUGCUCACUCAUCCAAGAUAGGAUAUACAACUUCAAUAAUACAAAUGGUCCUGAUCCAACCAUGAGCCAAUGGCUAUUGUCUGAGUUAAAGAAGAAGUGUCCUAGAGUUCCAUCCAAUAAUGACAACAUUGUUCCUCUUGAUAUGAAGACUCCAUCUUUAGUAGAUAAAUCAUUUUUUCAAGAAAUUCAAAAGGGAAAUGGGAUUCUUGAAAUUGAUCAACAAAUGGCACUGGAUAAAUCGACAAAGGAUAUUGUAGGUGAUAUUGUCAAAGACCCUAAUUUUUUCACUAAGUUUGGAGAGGCCAUGGUGAAAUUGGGUAAAGUUGAAGUACUAACUAAUGGACAAGGAGAAGUGAGGACAUCAUGUAGGGUUGUGAAUAAGAAGCCGUUAUUUUUUGGGAUGUUCAAUUAG